CUUUUUUUUCCCUUGCUCUGCCGAUCGUCUUCAACAAAAGGCGCAUUUUAGCGGUUUCACUGAACAGCACAAAGCGCACAUUAGCACCAAACUACAUGAUUCAAAGAUCAAUUUCACCACAAUCAUCUUUGUUCAGAACCACUCUCUUCCCUACGCGAUAUGGCCAACACUCAACGAUUGUACUUAACUUGCAUACGGAAUACUCUUGAGGCUGCAAUGUGCCUUCAGAACUUUCCUUGUCAGGAAGUUGAGAGACAUAACAAGCCGGAGGUUGAGCUUAAGACUAGCUCAGAACUUCUGUUGAAUCCGGUUUUGAUUUGUAGAAACGAGGCUGAGAAAUGCUUAAUUGAAACAUCUAUUAAUUCAUUGCGCAUAAGCCUCAAGGUGAAGCAGGCAGAUGAACUCGAAAACAUACUAACUAAAAAAUUUCUUAGAUUUUUGUCAAUGAGAGCAGAAGCAUUUCAGGUGCUUAGAAGAAAACCAGUACAGGGUUAUGAUAUUAGCUUCCUUAUAACAAAUUACCACUGUGAGGAUAUGCAGAAGAACAAGCUCAUUGAUUUUAUCGUACAAUUCAUGGAGGAUAUCGAUAAAGAGAUUAGUGAACUGAAGAUGUCAAUGAACACUCGAGGGAGGCUGGUGGCAACAGAGUUCUUGAAGCAAUUUAUCUAAAACAUUGUGUGGAUCACCACCACUUUGUUGUAUAAGGAUAUGAGGCUUUGUGAUUAUGUGAAACCAUUCUUAAUCACAUUUUUCACUAUUAAAUUAAGCUUUCUCAAAUCUAUAUGCAUUUUAAUCAAUUUUAAGCAAAAAAGAAAAAAAAAGAAGCUGUUUUGCAUUUUAUACUUAA